CCCUCAUAUCACAGGAUUUGGUAACUGGAUGUGGAAGGAGACGGGCGACUGGAAUGACCCCCCGUGUCAAGCUCUGGAUAAGUUUGGUACAGGGUGCAGAAUUGGUAGCUAGUUUAUUUACCCUUUAUACAGUUGGAGAAGCUGAGGCUCAAAUACAGCUUGCCUGAAGUUACACAGCCAGUAAGUGGCAGAAGCAAGGCCAGGAUUCAGAGUUCUUAAUGAUUGCUUUUUAAGUCGCAUCCAGCUAUGGAUUGGGACAUAUCUUCAUUGUCUAGAAAGCUGGGUCUUGGUUUGGGGAUCUGGGAAUGAGGCCCUGGAGAAAGAGGAGACAGGGUUUACUCUAACUGACCCCUGGGGGGAGAAGCUGGACUGAUGGGGGUGAGGCUAAGCAGGAUGAACUUGUCCUGACACAGCUUCUGCAUCCCCAUUGAAUGGUUCUGCCUCGUUCCCCAUCUGUGCUGGGGAGAUAGUGGAGGUGAUUGGUUACUGCCUUCACUGACCUGGAAGAAGCCCAGGUGUGUAUCUCUGAGCACCCUCACGGGAGACCAGAUGUGAGCUCUGAGCCUCAGGAUACUCUCACCUGAGUUUAGUGUUCCUGCUACCGCCUCAGCUGUAUCAUGUGUAAGUACAUGAGCGUGAGGCCCAGAAAUGUCACCUGAGAGUGCUUGAGUGGCACUGAGUGUUAUUAUCACUGUCACCUUUGUGUGCUUCAGUGCAAGGGCCCUAGGUGUGUUACUUUUAGGUGCCUAAGGUUCAGACUCAAAAGGUAUAUAUAUCUGAGACCCUUAUAUGACAUGUGUGUGUGCAUGUGAGCCUCAAGUGAAAGAAAUAUGUGCUCCUAAGGCAAAUUACAGUAAUCUUACAGGGAGAAGGGACUAGUCUGUUGCCAUAAUACUUGAACUUGAGAUAUAUUUUACCAGUACCUGAGCAGGGCUGUUACCUGUGUCUACGUGAGGAUGAUACUCAGGUAUGUUACCUGUAUACCUGAGUAUCAUUCUCAGACUUGUGUUACUAAUAGACACUUUAGUGGAAGCCUGUGUAUCAGGUUUCCUAAGAUGGGUCCCAGGUGAAACUUGUGAAGGGGGAUGGGUACCUGAAGGUGAGACUCAAAUGUUAUUUCCAGUAGGAGCCCAGCUCCCCAACUUGUGCCUGUGACUAGAGUGAGCAUUCUGAGCGGACGCGCCUGUGGCUUUGACCAUUCUCCCUCCUUUGUUCCUAUAGGGCCCAUCGCUCACCGCCACAUUGGGGCCUAGAGGCCAUGGCCUGCCUCCAUGAGACCCGCACACCCUCCCCUUCCUUUGGGGGUUUCGUGUCCACCCUCAGCGAGGCGUCCAUGCGCAAGCUGGACCCAGACACUUCUGACUGCACCCCUGAGAAAGACCUGACGCCUACCCAGUGUGUACUUCGAGAUGUAGUGCCACUGGGCGGGCAGGGCGGGGGUGGACCCAGCCCCUCCCCAGGUGGAGAGCCACCUCCUGAGCCUUUUGCCAACAGUGUCCUGCAGCUACAUGAGCAGGAUGCAGGAGGCCCAGGGGGAGCCGCUGGGUCCCCUGAGAGUCGGGUGCCCAGAGUUCGAGCAGAUGAGGUGCGGCUGCAGUGCCAGAGCGGCAGUGGCUUCCUGGAAGGCCUCUUUGGCUGCCUGCGCCCUGUCUGGACCAUGAUCGGCAAAGCCUACUCCACGGAGCACAAGCAGCAGCAGGAAGACCUUUGGGAGGUCCCCUUUGAGGAAAUCCUGGAUCUGCAGUGGGUGGGCUCAGGGGCCCAGGGUGCUGUCUUCCUGGGGCGUUUCCAUGGGGAAGAGGUGGCUGUGAAGAAGGUACGGGACCUGAAGGAGACUGACAUCAAGCACCUGCGAAAGCUAAAGCACCCCAACAUCAUCACUUUCAAGGGUGUGUGCACCCAGGCUCCCUGCUACUGUAUCCUCAUGGAGUUCUGCGCCCAGGGCCAGCUGUAUGAGGUACUGCGGGCUGGCCGCCCUGUCACCCCUUCCUUGCUGGUUGACUGGUCCAUGGGCAUCGCUGGUGGCAUGAACUACCUGCACCUGCACAAGAUUAUCCAUAGAGACCUCAAGUCCCCCAACAUGCUAAUCACAUACGACGAUGUGGUGAAGAUCUCCGAUUUUGGCACUUCCAAGGAGUUGAGUGACAAGAGCACCAAGAUGUCCUUUGCAGGAACAGUAGCCUGGAUGGCCCCUGAAGUAAUUCGUAACGAGCCUGUGUCUGAGAAGGUCGACAUCUGGUCCUUUGGCGUGGUGCUAUGGGAACUCCUGACUGGUGAGAUUCCCUACAAAGAUGUAGAUUCCUCAGCCAUCAUCUGGGGUGUGGGAAGCAACAGUCUCCAUCUGCCUGUGCCCUCCAGCUGCCCAGAUGGCUUCAAAAUCCUGCUUCGCCAGUGCUGGAACAGCAAACCACGAAAUCGUCCCUCAUUCCGACAGAUCCUGCUCCAUCUAGACAUUGCCUCAGCAGAUGUCCUUUCCACACCCCAGGAGACUUAUUUUAAGUCCCAGGCAGAGUGGCGUGAAGAGGUAAAGCUGCAUUUUGAAAAAAUUAAGUCAGAAGGGACAUGUCUGCACCGCCUAGAAGAGGAGCUGGUGAUGCGGAGGAGGGAGGAGCUCAGACAUGCCUUGGACAUCAGGGAACACUAUGAACGGAAGCUGGAGAGAGCCAACAACCUGUACAUGGAACUUAAUGCCCUUAUGUUGCAACUGGAACUUAAGGAGCGGGAGCUCCUCAGGAGGGAACAAGCUUUAGAGCGGAGGUGCCCAGGUCUGCUGAAGUCACACCCUUCGCGGGGCCUCCUGCAUGGUAACACAAUGGAGAAGCUCAUCAAGAAGAGGAAUGUUCCACAGAAGCUGUCACCCCACAGCAAAAGGCCAGAUAUCCUCAAGACUGAGUCUUUGCUACCAAAACUAGAUGCAGCCCUGAGUGGGGUGGGUCUUCCUGGGUGUCCUAAGGGUCCCCCCUCACCAGGACGGAAUCGCCGUGGCAAGACCCGUCAUCGCAAAGCCAGCGCCAAGGGCAGCUGUGGGGACCUGCCUGGGCUUCGUGCAGCUGUGCCACCCCAUGAACCUGGGGGACCAGGAAGCCCAGGGGUGCUAGGAGGGGGACCCUCAGCUUGGGAAGCCUGCCCUCCAGCCCUCCGUGGGCUCCAUCAUGACCUCCUGCUACGAAAGAUGUCCUCUUCAUCCCCAGAUCUGCUGUCAGCAGCACUGGGAGCCCGGGGCCGGGGGGCCACAGGGGGAACUGGGGAUCCUGGCUCACCACCUCCAGCCCGGGGUGACACCCCCCCAAGUGAGGGCUCAGCACCUGGCUCCACCAGCCCGGAUUCACCUGGGGGAGCCAAAGGGGAGCCACCUCCACCAGUAGGGCCUGGUGAUGGCGUGGGGCUGCUGGGAACUGGAAGGGAAGGGACGGCGGGACGGGGAGGAAGCCGGGCUGGGUCCCAGCACUUGACCCCAGCUGCACUACUGUACAGGGCUGCUGUCACCAGAAGUCAGAAACGUGGCAUAUCAUCAGAGGAAGAGGAAGGGGAAGUAGACAGUGAAGUAGAGCUGACAUCAAGCCACAGGUGGCCUCAGGGCCUGAACAUGCGCCAGUCACUAUCUACCUUCAGCUCAGAGAAUCCAUCAGAUGGGGAGGAAGGCACAGCUAGUGAGCCAUCCCCCAGUGGCACACCUGAUGUUGGCAGUACCAACACUGAUGAGCGGCCAGAUGAACGGUCUGAUGACAUGUGCUCCCAGGGAUCAGAAAUCCCACUAGACCAACCUGCUUCAGAGGUGGUUACAGGCCCUGAACCCUCCUUGCCCAUCCAGCACCAGGACCUACUCAGGGGGGAGCAGGGCCCUCCCAAUUCCGAGGACUCAGACUGUGACAGCACUGAACUGGACAACCCCAACAGUGGCGAAGCCUUGCAGCCCCCAGCCUCCCUCCCUCCAUGAAAGCCACUCUUGUUCUUGUACAUAGGAAUAUUUAUAUAAAUAAUAUAUAUAUGCGCCACAUAAUCAACAGAGAAAGACAGGGCUAUCCCAGCCUUAAGUCAGGCUCAAGAGACUGACCCCCUGACCAAUUCACCUAACUGGCAGCUGUGGAAAUGAAGAACAAGGACUGCCCUAGAUCUGUGCUAAGGGCAAACUGGCCCCUCCCUGCUUGACCCGGUUAUGUUCAACAAGCAGUCAGGCAGUAGAAAAGCCCAACUUGCCUCCUAUGAUCCUCUACACGCUCCCCCCCCCCCCCCCCCAAUACCAGGGAGAAGGAAAGGGAGCCACUUAACUGCACUUUUUUGUUUUCCAUUUACUGUUUACACAUUUUGCACCUGGGAGGAGGGAGGCUAAGGCUGGGUCCUCCCUCCUGAGGUUUCUCAGGUGCAAUGUAAUUUCUUUGUCUCUUCAUUUCUCUGCCCAAGCCCUGGCUUAGGGUCUAGGGGGGAGGUUAGAAGAUUGUACAAGCAUGUGAUGGCUCAGGCUGAAGAACUGGGGUUUUAAGUCCCUGCUUUUAUCUUGGUGCCUGAUUGGGGUGGAAACUGUCCUAUUGUAACCCCUGUGAAAAACCUUGAAAUAUAACCACUCCAUGCAGGCCCA